AUGGAGAGAUGCAUUGGCAAAAGCGAGGGACAACCAUCAAAGCAAGGAAAAUCUUGGCAACGAGAUUAUGCAAGCAUAAAUGUGGUUCGGUGCCAUUGGACAAGGCAAAAAUCUUUCAACCAUGACCAAUGUUGGGAGACGGUGAAAAAUUGUUUGAGAUUCAGAAUUAUUCCCACGGGUCCGACCGUUGUGUUGAACAAGAUGUCACUCCAUAGUUCAACGACAUCAGAUUCGCCCUUGGAUUCCCCAAUGAGUCAAGAUGCACCAAUCCAAAAGGAGAUGAGGCCUAUUGGUCGAAAGGCAGUGAAGGAGAAGAGAGGGAGUACUUCCAGUAAUGAUACUGCCAAAUUUUUACAGCAAAUUGCAAGGAAUGGCACCAUGAGAAUUGAAUUAGACAUGAAAAAAGAUGCGGACGAGAAGGCAAUGAAUGAAGAAUAUGCAAGAGAAAUGGAGUAUAUAUGCAAACACGACAUUGAGAAGAAGCAUCGGGAAACCAUGACCAUGGAUACAAGUCAUAUGUCCCCUAAAACAGAACAAUUAAAGAAGCUAGAACAAAGGGAUGUUAUGAGAACAAGACUUUUCUAUGACGAUGGACCUAGCAACACUGAUUGGUUAAAUGAUCAAAACCAUUAA